AUGAGCUCUCACAAAAGUACAACCAAAUCUUCAUCAUCAGGAAGUUCUAUGAGUCUUAUUUUGGGGUUUUCAAAAUCAAUGGAAAAAGGUAAUUAUAACUUUUCAAAGGAAAAUAAAAAAAAUAGAUCUUUUGGUGUAUUAUAUGCAAUGAUUAAAGGAAAUACAUUCCCACGGAUUUUAACUAUUAUAAGUUUGCUGAUUGAAUUUUGCCAAUUAUCAUCUUUUGGUUUUAAACAACAAUAUCCAUGGGGUGGGGAUGCCGGAUAUUAUUUAAAAAGAAUUAUGUCACCAGUAAGUCACCCAUCAAAUUUAGUUGGAUAUAAUGGAUUUACAAUAUUUUUUUGGAUUGUUAUUGGUUUAUUAUUAUUAGGUUUCUUCAAUAUUUGGUAUGUUGCAUAUCAAUUUUAUAGAGGAAAAAUUGCAAAUAUUUGGAUUAUUAGAACUCUACGUUGGUUUGUUAGUACUACUGUAGCAGUUUUAUUUAUUCCAAUCAUUUCAUUACUUUUAAUUGGUUUAGAUUGUGAUUAUAGUCAAGGUGGUAUUCUUAAAACAUUUAGUAAUGACAAUAUUUAUUGUUUCAAGGGUGCAAAUUUAUCAAUUGCAAUUGUUUCAAUCAUUCUAAUUAUAGUUUUUAGUAUUGUUGGUUUUACAUCUAGUGCCACCUAUUAUGAAUAUGAUACAAAUGUAAAAUCAAGAUUUUCAAAACCACAUGCAAGAUUUGAUGUAUAUAUUUUAUUUGUAAAACUUAUACUUGCAUUAUUAAAUUCAUUAGUUGAUUUUUCACCAUGGACAACAUCAAUUGUAUAUUUUAUUUUAUCAAUAACAUUAGUAUUUGGAUCAAUUAUAAUUUUACCAUAUAAUAAUCAAAGAUUGAAUCAAGUGAAGAGUGGAUUUUAUACAACAGUAUUUUGGGUAUCAUUUAUGACAUUGGUAACAAUGGGUAUUAAUGAUGAAACUACUGCAACUACUUGUUAUAUUACAAUUGUUGGUGCAUUCUUUGCUUUUCCAAUUGGUUAUUUUUCAAAUAGAUUUUAUUAUAAUUGGUUAAGUUCAAAAAUUGAUCAACUUAAAUUGCCAACAUCAAGUUCAACAAAUGAUUUUAAUGAAAUCACUAAAAAUGAAAAAAGUAAAACUGGGGAUAGUAAGGAAAAAGAAUCAUCAUCACCAUCAAAAGUAACAUGGGGUAAACAACCAAUUACAUUGGGUAGUAAAAGACAAAUCAUAUUCCCAUUCUUUCAAAAUAAAUUUGUAAUGUCAUUCUUUGUUGAAAUUAUGGUUAGAAAAUUAUUAAGAAGUAGUAAUGGUAGUAAUGGCGAUGAUGGUAUUUCAAGUAAUUCAAAUGAAUCAAUUGAACAUGCAAAUAAUCUUUAUCAAUGUGGUCUUCAAUAUUUCCCAAAUUCAGAUUUAUUAUGGAUGGCAUAUUGUAACUUUUUAUUCACAGUUAGAAAAGAUAGACAUAUUGGUUAUGCUGCAUUAGAAAAACUUAGAAGAAUGAAACCAUCAUUCGAUGUUCGUUUCUUCAUUUAUCAACGUGAUAAAGAAAGAGAACAAAUUAUGGAUUCAGAUUUACGUGGUCCAGAACAUACAGGUAAAAUUCAAGAUUUUGUCAGUUACAUGGAAUUUAAAAAACUUUAUUAUGGUGCUAAAAGACAUCAUGUUAAAUGUUUAACAUAUAUUAAAAAGUUUUGGGGUUUAUUAUUACAUGAAACAGUUGAUCUUCAUCGUUUAUCAGAUUUAUCAGGUCGUAUUGCAACAACUGAAAAUAAAGCAAAUGAAAGUUAUGAACGGUUAUUAGCACUAAAUCCAAAUUCAGUUAGAGUACUUCGUGAUUAUUCUCAAUUCCUUGAAGAAGUUGUUAAAGAUACUGAAUCAUCAUAUAAAUUACAAAAGAAAGCAGAAGCAAUAGAAGAUAUUAUGAGUAAAAGUCAAACAACUGAUUUUAAAACAAUUGAUAUUAAAAAUUUAGAUAAUUCAGAUACAGAACUUGACCAAGUAUUAAAACAAGAAUCAAAUGCAAUUCAAUUGGCAAAGAUUGAUGCAGAUAUUGAAAGAUCAGGAUCAAAAUCGGGUUCAUCAAAAUCAAAAGAUGAUUCAUCAGAAUCAAGUAGUUCAUCAAAAGGUAGAAGGGGUAAAUAUAAGGAAUUUCAACAAAGUAAUGCAAUUAACAAACUUUCAUGGUUAAUGAUUGGUACAACUGCAUGUUGUAUUAUAUUUUUAAUUGUAAUGUUAAUUGUAUUAAGAGAUUUAUCAGUUAAACAUACCCACUCCUAUCAAGGUAUCAUUUCAAUCACUGAUUGUGCAAGUGAAGCAGUUUCAAUUGCAAUCAAUUUAAAUACAAUGCAAGCCAUUUCAAUUUCAGCAGGUUCAGUAGCAUUCCCAUUUGAAGCAGCAGAAGCCAUGAUAACUCAAUAUAGAAAACAAAAUGAUAGAAGUUUAAUUAUAAUGAAAAAUAUUCAUGAUGCAAUUUAUUGGGGUGAAGGUGAUCCAACCUCUUAUGUUGGUGAUAAUUUAUCAAAAUUAAAAUCAAUUAAUGGAUUUGAUGUUUUCGAUAUUGGUUCAACGAUUUUUUCAUUUGAAGAAUUUAAUCGUUCAAGUACACUUGUCGAUAAUAAAGAAAUGAUUGAUAUUUAUAGUACACCAUCAGUUAAUAUGACAAUUUUAGUUUCACCACCAGGUACAAACUCUACCAAUUACAUUACAGUCACUCAAACUUAUAAUGCAUGGAAAGCUGGUAAUUCAUUUUAUGAAAGUGCACUCAUUGCAAAUAAAAUGAGCGUUCAAGAUAUUAAAGAUAGAGCGGUAUUCGAUCCAGAUUUCAAAUUUAUCAUUUUAAAUGCCCCAAGUAAUAUACCAGAAAUGUAUAUGAAAAUUCAACAAGUUUAUAUCAAAUCUCUAAUUGAUGAUAUUAAUACAACUUUGGAUACAAUGUUAUAUGUUUGGGUAGCAAUUUUCUGUUUCCUUAUUAUUCUUGGUGCAGUUUUAUUCCGUCCAAUCGUUACUAAAAUCUCUCGUGAAAAGAUUAGAACUCUUGUAUUAUUUUCAUUGGCACCAAAAGAUGUUGUUUUUAAACUUUCAUCAAAGAAAAUUAAAAUGACAAGUUUAGAUAGUGGUAGUGAACGUGAUAAUCUUUUCGAUACAACCGAUGAUGAUGCUGCUGAUGGUAUUGAUAAUCAUGAACAUCUUCAAGUUGAUGAAAGAAAAAAGAAUGAUGAUAUUAUCGAUGAUGGUAGUAUUGUAAAUAGAUCAAUUAAUUUUGGUAGUCAUCGUCGUCCAUUAAUGAAUUCAACUAAUGUAUUAGCAUCAACAACUACAAUAAAUAGAGGAACCAUUUCAAAUAGAUUAAAUGAAGAUCAUGAUAAAGUACCAUUAAUUGAAAAUAGUAUUAGUAAUAAUAAUAAAGGAUAUGGUUGGGAUGGAAAGAGUAAAAGAAAUUUAAAUAAGAAAUCACUUAGAUCAGUAUUAAGACGUCUUCAUUGGUCAUAUGUUUUAGCAAUAUUUUUAUUAUUUGGUUUUAUUACAAUGGGUUUGUGGGUCACUUAUUCAGUUGUUCAUGAUAAUACUCAAUCUGGUUAUGUUUUGGGUAAAAGUUGUUCAAGAUCAUUGGAUAGUCGUAUCAUCAAUUAUUAUAUAGCAGAAUUGUAUACAUUUGAUAAUGAUGCAAAUGAAAAUGAAGCAUUAGAAGCCGUACUUCAAUUACAAAGUAAUCAUCAAUCAUUACCAUACCUUGAAGAUGUUAGACCACUAAUGGAAGGUUCUUAUGGUUGUUGGAUGCUUAAUAAGAGUAAUUGCAUUACAUCAGAUUCAAUCUAUUACAAUGAUGUUAGUAUUGGUCUCGAUUGGUUGGUCGAUCAAUAUACUAAACAUUCCGUAUCACUUGUAAAUACCGAUCCAUCUUUACUAUCAACAAGUCCAGAGUUGGGAUGGAUGCAAGCAAUUGGCUCAGAUGUAGUUUUCCAAGGUUUAGAUACCGCAACAUUCACUUAUUUCCAAUAUUAUCUAUCUCAAAAAGAUUGGGCUACAAAAGUUUUAACUUCAGUAUUAGCCAUUAGUUGUGUAUUAUUAUUAGUUAUCCAUUUACUAUUAUUUAGACCAUUCAUGAAUCACCUAAGGAUUCAACACAUUCAUACUUUAGCACUUUUACGUUUAGCUCCUGAUGAUAUAAGAUUCAUGGAGGUUAGUGAUAAAGUUAUUGAUGAGGAUUAA